AAUCUUUCUCUCCCCCUUUCCCACCCUGGAGGGAACUCCAGCUGCAGCCGGAGGCCAAGCCGGGCCUCCCGGGGGGAGGAGCCAACCAAGUCCAUGAGGGCCAAGACAGGAUUGCCGCUGGAAAGGAGAGUCCUCCAGGCAGCCGCCGCCGCCACAACAGCCUUUUCUCCACAUGAGAGGGGGGAGGAGGGAGUUGGAAGGAGAGGCGGCUACCGCCCGCCUCUAAAGUGCGCAGAGGCGGGUUUCUAAGCAGUCGCUGGAGAGGAGGAGGACGACGACGACGACGACGAGAGCGCGGUGGGAUUAAGCACUUUGUGCUGCUUGCUACCCCCGCGCAGAAUGAAUUAAGGAGCGAGAGCCUUUCGCUGCUGCCUGCGCCUGGAUUUAGCAGCAGCCUGCCUUGGAUGCCUUGCCGGGAGCCUCGCACCGGCUCGGAGCUGCCGCUCGUCUCCCAGUAAGAGCUGCUGUUUUGUUCCAACGGUGGUUCUCCCCGUGUGCUUUUCGUGGGGUGGAGGGAAGCCUGGCGACCUCCCGUUGUCGUCCUCGGACUCCCGGAGCUGGCUUAAGCCCUUCUUUCGUUCGCCUUUAAAGUGUUUUAGCACCGACUCUCAGUCUCCCGAGAAUGGCUUGGAAGGGGCUGGGGGAGUGAAAGAACUCUGAUGAUCGGUCUCCACCUGACGCUCUCCUUCGCCGCCCCCCGCUUCUUUUAGACACCCCACGCCACGUGAGAAAUAGGUUACACUAAGCUGGUCUCGGCUAAGAUGCCAGAUAAAACACCAGAGGGUAAAGAAACUUUACCCAGGAAUGAAGAUGGCUACCAUUUGCGUCUUGACAUGUUGCCUUCUGUGAUGGUGGGCACCACCCCCAAGGCAGCAGGGGAAACUGUGCACAGAGAGAACAGGCAUUUCCGCUACUGUGGAAUCAAGACCAUGGAACUGUCGGAUAGUGACCGUCCAGUCAGCUUCAGCUCCACAUCAUCUUCUGCGUCCUCCAGGGAUAGCCACUGUUCCUUUGGCAGCAGAACAACCUUAGUUUCAAAUAGUCAUCUGGGCUUAUUCAACCAGGAUAAGGAAGCAGGAGCCAUAAAGUUAGAGCUGAGUCCCACCCAGCGAUUCUCCAGCAAGGAGCCAAGAAAAAAUAACCCUGUAGAGCAGCAGACCUCAGACAGUAGUCUUGGGAGAAGGCCAAGUAUGCCACGAAAAGCUGAAUCAAAGGAAAUUAGCAAAAACUGUGUCAUGUCCCUGAUCACUGAGCCCACAAGUCCAAAGCUCUUGUAUGUUGACAGAGUGGUCCAAGAAAUCCUGGAGACAGAGAAAACGUACGUGCAGGAUCUAAAAAGCAUUGUGAAGGAUUACCUUGAUUGUAUCAGUGACCAGUCCAAGCUGUCCUUGGGGACGGAGGAUAGAUCAGCUUUGUUUGGGAAUAUAAAAGAUAUCUACCAUUUCAAUAGUGAACUCUUGCAAGAUUUGGAAAACUGUGAAAAUGACCCUGUGGCUAUAGCAGAAUGUUUUGUUUCUAAGAGUGAAGAUUUCCACAUAUAUACACAGUAUUGCACCAAUUAUCCAAGGUCGGUGGCUGUACUAACAGAAUGCAUGAGAAACAAGUCCUUGGCCAAGUUUUUCAGAGAGCGACAGGAAGCUUUACAACAUUCUCUACCUUUGGGAUCCUAUCUCUUAAAACCUGUCCAGCGAAUACUCAAGUAUCACCUACUUUUACAUGAGAUAGAAAACCACCUUGACAAGGACACUGAAGGUUAUGAUGUGGUUUUAGAUGCCAUAGAUACAAUGCAGAGAGUGGCGUGGCAUAUUAAUGACAUGAAGAGGAAACAUGAGCAUGCUGUCCGGUUGCAGGAGAUACAAAGCUUACUCACUAACUGGAAAGGACCAGACCUUGCUAGUUAUGGGGAGCUGGUUUUAGAAGGAACAUUCCGCUUCCAGAGAGCCAAAAAUGAGCGCACUUUGUUCCUAUUUGAUAAACUGCUGCUUAUUACAAAGAAGAGAGAAGAGACUUUUACCUACAAAGCUCAUAUCUUGUGUGGUAAUCUCAUGCUGGUGGAAGUAAUACCAAAGGAACCUCUAAGCUUUAGUGUCUUCCACUACAAAAAUCCCAAGAUGCAGCACACUGUUCAGGCUAAAUCACAGCAAGAUAAGCGCCUUUGGAUUCUUCACUUAAAGAGAUUAAUUCUAGAAAACCACCCUGCCAAAAUCCCUGCAAAGGCCAAGCAAGCAAUUCUUGAAAUGGAUGCUAUCUACCACCCAGGAUUCCAUUAUAGCCCAGAAGGGGAAAUGAAAAUACUAAGUAAUCCUAAAGAAGGAAUUGCUCCACAGAGGAUGAGAAGGAAGUCAGAGCCUUCUUCCAGAACCCAUAAAAUCAUAAAGCCAAAUGAAAUGGAUCCAGAUAUGCAAAAGCGGAUCAGUAUUGAAGGAGCCCUGCUCUCUCAGGCUGAAGCCCUUCUGAGUCCCAAGAAAAAGCUUUCAUUGAAUUUCAAAGGGCUAGGUUCCAAUGAAGCAGUCUAUAGCCAGAACCAAGAGGAUAAUCCCCUCACAGGUGUUACAGAUCAGACGGACGCUGAUGAUGAGGAAGAGACUGAACAGUGCACUCAACAAAAUUCACAGCAGAAACCAAAAGGAGGCCGCAAAAGGCUAAAUAGUCAAGUUGCUGAAAAUUUUGAGAAACGAAGAAGUGUUAAUCUCAGUAAAUGUGAAAUUCAGAACCUCAAAGAGCCUGCAGAUGAAGCAUCUUCCCAGGUGAACACAAACCUUCCAUUUUCCUGCAGUGCAGGUGGUCAGCCAUCUCGACAGGUCACACCACAAAAUAGCACAUUCAUAAUGAACAUCUUUGGGAGAACAGCUGCAGUGAGAAACAUUUGGACCGACCACCAGAUUCGGCAAGCUUUGUUCCCAAGCAGACGCCCUCCUCAAGAGAACAUAGAGGACGAAGAUGAUUAUCAAAUGUUUGUGCCAUCUGAAUCAACAUCCAAUUUAGCUUCCAUUGCAAGUGAAGAGAGGGCCCCUUCAGGCCGUCCUUGCAGCUGGCAUGUAGGACUAGCUCAUCAAAGUGAUAUCUCGAGCUCCAAUUCUCACAGAAUUGUGAGGCGAGCCAGCAGUGCUGGGGAAAGCAAAAUGUCUCCAUCUGGUUCAAGAUACAGAAAAAAUGACCUUGGCCAAAAUGCUUCUUGGAAUGGAAUGAACAAUUCUAGGAGUGACGUGGACAAUAUGCAGGUUUAUCCAGAAUCUUCAGAAGAACUGACUAUUGAUGACAUAGACCAUGUCUAUGACAAUAUAAGUUUUGAAGAUUUGAAACUAAUGGGUUUGGCUCGGAGGGAAGAGUCUGACCAUGCUCCACAAGGGUCAGCUAGAGACUCUCUCUAUGAGGCCCAAGACCAAGACAUUACCUUCAGCAAAAGGCAGGCACCUCAAAGCAGAACCUCCAUUCCUACUCACAGAAGUGAAAUCAUUCCCAGGAGAAGCACAGCAUCCGUAAGCUCUCAUGAGUUGAGGAUCAGUGAGGAGAAUAUCUAUGACACCAUAUUGUUUCCAGAGCAAUCACUUCUGAAUUUCAAAUGUGAUCGCCUAAAGUGCUCCAAAAAGCGGAGUUUUCUGGGCUUGGAAACAGAUUUUGCAUGUUGUGACCAUCUUGGGCAAUUCGUUUCAGAAGAGAGCCUCCAGUUCAGUGAAGAUGAAAGUCCUUAUCAUUAUGUUCCAUUAGAUCAUGACUAUUUGAGUUUAGUGGAAAGCUCCUCAAACUCUGACUCACACUCUCACAAGUCUGCUGCUGAUAAAUUAUCAGAAGAAGUAGAUGAAAUCUGGAAUGAUCUGGAGAACUAUAUCAAGAAGAAUGAAGAGAGGACACGAGAAAAUGUCCUUGCAGCUUUUCCUGUCUGCAAAGAUGACAUGGACAGUGGCACACCUACUAGAACUACUUGUGACUUGAAUGUGGAGUAUUCACUGUCUAUUCCUUCAUUGCCAGAAACAUCUGUUUCCCCCAAAACGUUGCCCAACAAGGUAGCCAGGUUAAGUGAAGCCAAUCUUAGGUUUGAAGAGGCAGCAUCAUGUAAAGCAAAUUCACUAAUGAGUCUCAACCGAUCUUCCCUCUCCAAUGAAAGAGCUUUUGUAGAUAGCCUUUAUGAAUCUGCUGGUAAUAUUCUGUGCAGUACAAAUGCAGAAAGUAUUGACAAUGAACUGGAUGCUGUGGAUAAAACAAGGAGCCGGGUCUUCACGAUGGCAAGACAAUACAGCCAAAAAAUUAAGAAAGCAAAUCCGCUUUUGAAAGGAAAAAGUCCAGAACAAGAACAACUUCUGAGCCGGCAACAGAAACAGAGGAACAAGGACUUAGCAGCCAUUUUGGAAGAGAAGAAACAAGGAGGUCCAGCCAUUGGUGCCAGAAUUGCUGAAUAUUCCCAGCUCUAUGAUCAAGUUGUUUUUCGGGAAACUUCCCCCAAACCACAAAAGGUCAGUUCUCAGGAACCAUCAAACGUAAGGUAUUCCUCACCAGUGUCAACAUCUCAGUUAGCUGCUGAAUGCUUAAGAGCAGAAGACUGGCUUCUACACUCAACGUACAGUAAUGGAGAACUCUCAAAUUUCUCUCCUUGGCCAGAGGAUCCACACCUGAAGUCCAAAAGCUCCCCUUCAGAGAUGAAUACAAAACCGAACAUGAGACAGUUGCCAGCGGCCUGCUCAGUGCCUUCCCUUCAGGCUCCUCUUUCCCUCCCUGUUCCUGCACAAAGGUGGAGUGCUAUUAUAAGCCAGCCUAACAAGGAGAACUUGCACCACAGCCAUCCUUGUAACUCCUUAGGAAGAAAAGGCGGCAAUACAAAGUCACAGAUGUACAGCAGAUCGCAAUCUUCUUCCUCAAUUGUGGUCAAUAAGUCCAGGGAACUGGUAAAUUAUCCACAUGAAAUGGAGAAGAAGCAGUUGCGUUCAAGCAGGAACAUUUUGUUUGACCACUGUCAAGAAUCGGUGGAAAAUGCCUCUCCUGGACUGCCAACAUGUGACAUAACAAAGCAAAUAUCUGAUAACUGUUCAGAGAUGAUUCUGCAAGACUCUCAAAAAAUUCUAAGGGUUAACAGAAACUUGCCCUCCAAUGCACAAAUAGCUACCCAGAACUAUUUUUCUAAUUUCAAAGACACUGAUGAAGGAGAAGGAGAUGACGAUGACUAUGUUGAAAUAAAAUCUGAAGAUGAGGGGUCUGAUUUAGAGGCUUCCCAUGACCAAAGGAAACUCUCUGAUCCAAAAAUAAGUGCACAUUCUGUCCCUUCAGAAAAUCUUGGUGGCAAACAUGUGUCCUUGGCUCCUACUAAGGCAUCAGACUCUUACCUGACGACAUGUAGCGAUUCAGAUAAACUGAAUGAUUAUCUCUGGCGAGUACCAUCUCCUAAUCAGCAGAAUAUUGUCCAGUCUUUAAGAGAAAAAUUUCAGUGUCUUAGCUCAAGUAGCUUUGCCUGAUUUUUUUUUAAAAUUCUUAGUUACGCUGCUUUAAUGUUGACAAAGGUUAUAGUAGGAUGACCAGUACUUGUAAUGCAUAUUGUAGUUUUUGUUUUGUUUUUCAAAAACUGCCAUUUGCUGAGAAAGUUAGUGUCCAAUUUGAGGUGUCAGUUAAUUUAACUGGCUAUAUAUUGCGGAUACAUUUUUGGCUUGCUUUCACUUGCAUCCAUUUUAAUCACUUUCUUCUCUAUUGAAAUUUUGUCAAUUUGUGUAUGAGAGCAAGUCAACACAGGCUAGAAUUUGGAAUUUUGCUGAAUAGCACUAGUGCUGAAAAAGCAGGGGGAGAAAGCAUGACACACUGGAAGGUUUUCAAUGACACAUCUACCUACCAUCCGUAGGCCAUGUAUAUGGGAUAAUCUCAGGUUUACUUGCUUAAAAACCAUACUUACACUUUCAGAAGUGAAAUACUGUGACUGGACUGAAAUGUAAUGAUGUGUUGUCAUUUGACUCCAUUACAGUGAAGAUUUUCUCCUUACAUGUCUGCAACCCAGUUUCCAAGUAGCUUUGAUAAGUAAAACAUGCGCUUGUGGUACAGACCAAAAUGGAAACUCUGGGAUCAAGCAGAAAGGCAUUUCCAAAGCAUCUUUGUCUAAUUUGAGUCUGUAGAGUAGCGAAAUGAUGACUUCUCUGUUAGGGAAGUGACUCUUGCUGAUUCUUAAUUCAAAUCUAUAUUAAACACUAGCAAGGGGUGAAUCUGGGCCAUUUGGUUUAAAUUAAAAUUGAUUUACUUUUAUUUCAGUAUGCCAAAAUACAUUCCAUUCUUUUGGAGAUUAGUCUCCCAUCGAUAACAUGUAUAUGUGCAGUCAGUUCCUACUCCUGUUGCUGCUGUGUAUUAGCUCUUGUUGCAUAGCUUUGGCUUGGAUUACUUGAAAACAAUCAUGUGUGAACACUCAGCGUAUCGCCAGUUUUCAGAUGAAGGAAGUUAACCCAGUGAUGUAUGUACAAAGUGAAAUGUGUUUUACUGAGGAGGGCGGGGUUAUUUUGUUAAGCAUUGCUUCCACUUUUGGUACACCACUUCACUCUAGCAUAAAGCACAGUAGCCUUCGUAAGCUUUAAAAUGUCCCCACUUGCUGUUACGUAAAGCUGACAAGUGUAUAUUCUGUUCUACUGAAAUUAAGACUGAAAGUUUCUUGGUUGCUGAACUGUCUACUACAAAUAUUGUUGAAGAUAAUUUAAUUUCCAGCUUUUCUCUCUGCUAUCCCAGAAACUCCACUUGUCUUAUGCACAAGGUCAUCUUAGUUUCCGUAGAAGAGUAACUCAACCUGUGUCUAGUAAAAUAGAUGAGGAAUUAUGUAAGUGUGUAUGAGGUACUGGAAUUAGCAGAUACCUUUUUUAUUUAAUAAAUGUAAAGUAAUGUAAAUAAUUAUGAAAAAUUAAUUCUUGUGCAUUAAUAAUAGGCACACUUAGAUUUAUUCAUACUGGUAGAGGAAUUUUGUUAACAUAAAAUGAGAUAUAGUCAAUGGAAACAAAUGGAGGGAAAUAACAUGUAGCUUUGUAAAGGACAAACAUGUGUUUGGGGUACUUUUAGCUUGGUUGGCAGGGAAGCAAGCAGCUGAAACUUACAUGUGACGAAGCUCUGGAAGCUGUUAUUGUAAAAGCAAAUGGGGUAGUGGAGGGGUUUCAGCUCUUGAUGAGAAAACAAGAGUUCCAAACAUCUUGUAUCUAGCUCAUACUUUGUAGGUGGCUUGAUUGUGUUGCUAACACCUUCUAUUCCUGCUUGCAAAAAUUACCAGUAAUAAAGAAAACUACUCCCAACUAAAAAAGAAUAAAAGCUCUAACUUUUGUAAAAUAUAGCUCCUCACCCCACAAGAUAGCAAAUGAAUGCCAGUGUUCAUCUGGUAUGAACUCUACAUACACACUUGUUAAAUGAACAUGUGGAGAUACCAUGCAAUUUUCUGAAGAAAAUUAAAAUGGUUUAUUUCCUCAUAUUCUAAUCAGCUGCAGAAGGUUCAGUUUACUUUGUGUAGCCUUCUAAAAGGAGAAAAGGUCAUAUGCAAUUUUAUUUUUUUAAAAAAAAAAAUCUGGGUGAAUCUUCUGCCGCCUCAGGACACUACAAAUGUGAAUAGAAUCAAAAGUAACAAUAGCUGUCUCUUGGUACAAGAAAGGUGAGUCAGCUUGGUGGUGCUUUUAGAGACCACUACUCAAGUUGUAAGCCAAACAGACCGACCCAUUUUGCAGCUUAUCAAAUGAGCUCUCCUGAGCACAUUACUCAUUGCAGUGGGGAGUCAAAAAGUGCAAUCUGGGACCACAGCACUGGUCCCAGAAAAAACCACUGCUUUUACUGCAAAUGGAAUAAUGGGGCCAGAGAAGGCAGGGGCACCUGUGUGGUUUGCUGCAAACUGGAUAUGUCAGAGCACCACUCAUGGUUAUCCUGCUGUUGCUGUUUUAAAGGUGAAUUUUUCUCUUCUUUUGAAUAUUUAUAACUCCCUUUUGUAACUUUUGUGUUAAAACGUUUGAAAGGAGACUUAUUUUUAACCAUGUAACAUUGUUUAGAAGACUCCUGGUUUUAAUGUAUUCUUCUGUAUUUGCUGGUGGAACCUGGCACUCUACUACUGGACAGGGUUCAAAAUGAAGUCACUUAUUCUGAACUGAUUCACACUGUGUCUUUCCUAAUUUCUUCAUAUAAUUUGUUGGCAUUUUAUCCUAUUGACAAGAGAGAACCUCUAUGUUGCACUUUUUCAUGACUCAUUUUGUAAGGAAUAUGUUUAAAAAAUGUAUGUACAUGUAGAAGACUUCUUAAGUAAAACUCUUCUCAUUUUGUUAUGCUUAAAAGCUGAGAUGAAAGCAUGUCAAACCUGAAGAUACGUAAGUAAAUGCUGCCUAGGGAAAAAAAUAAAUACGAUUUGUUUGCAGCAAAUGA